CAGUACAUUUUCGCAACCACGGGUGCGUAAGCCGAAAUAUGAGUACAUUCACACAAACAAAAUCAAAACACAGAUCAAUAUUGCGAAUUGACACUAAUUUUUACUGACCGUUUGAGGAUUUAACUCUCAUAUUGAUUGUGUGAGGGCCGCUUUAUACACUUACAUUACAUGGAUUUUUAUCUUGGAUCAUAAACUAGCGUAUGAUCUAAGAUUAUUAUCGAGAUUAUACCACAGAAUUCUGUGAUUAUACUGUAAAGAACUGUUAUCUUGAUAUUGUGAUAGUGUAUCGGUUGUUGACAGCCGUUAAACGUUGGAAUUAGUCAUAUAGGAAAAAGUAUGGAUAUUGAUUAUUAACUAACUGUCGAAGUAUUUAUAAAUGUUUUAAAUUGCAUUUUGUUACCAUACUGCUACACGAAUUUUCAGAUUUGUAGUUUGGAUUGUAUGUUUCCAUUUAUAUUGUGAUUAGCUAUAAUAAUAAAGAUAAAUUACAAUGGAAUAUGAUACUAGAUCUACAAUUAUACAUCAAGAAAAUUAUCCAGUUGAAAAUCAUGUAAAUAACAAUAAUUUUACUAUAUUUGAUAAGAAUUUGAUGAGAAUUAAUAAAAAACUUAGAAGUGUUAAUGAAUAUUACACUCCAAAAUUCAAUCAUGUUAUUGAAAACCAUUCCAAUGUCAAAGAAAACAAGGAUCUCACUGAACCUCAUAAAGAAGAAAAUGACCAGUCUAUAAAUAUGUUUAAUGAAUUUCACAAGAUUGCAAUGAAUGAAUUUGAAUCCAGGAGAAAAAUGCAAGUACAAAGUAAGUUAAAUAAAAAAUUUACUAAUUGGGAAUGUAAAAGAAGAGAAUAUGCUAGUAUAGCAAAAGGUAUUGAUGAAAAAUUUAAAUAUUCACCAUAUAAAACGUUAGUAAUUGAUAGAAAUUACAGUAAAAAAUUACAAGAUAAUGAUAAUGAUCAGUUUCAAAGUAGAUUACUUGAAGAACAAAGUAAAUUAAUUGAUCAAAAAACAAAAAGUAUUAAAUUUGCUUUAGUUCUAAAUAAUGCAUCAAAUUUGUUAAACAAAAUUAAAAUUUUAUUUAGCAAUAAUCAUAUUUCACCACAGUUACAAUUACUUAAUAAACAAUACAUGGUAUAUGAAAGUGAUGUACAAAAACUUAAAAAUCAGUCUGGUAAUUCUUUUGAAUGUGAUUUAUUAGCUCUUAAUCAACUUUUUCAAAAUAUUGAAGUACUCUAUAAUGAAUUAGUAAAAAAUAUUGAAAAUAUUUCUUUGAAAUCUGAUAGUCCUGAAAAUGAAAAGAAUAAUUUAUCAUCUAAGAAUUUUGAGUUUAAAAUUAAUGAAAAUAAUGAUGAAUACAUAGAUAAUUUAGAAAGUAAUCCUUUUAAAUCUGAAGAAACAAAAUCUGAAAUACAAAAUUUUACAUUUAAAGUAGAUGAUAACUCUGAAAUUAAAUCUGAUGAAUUCUUUACAUUUAAGUUCAAGACUAAUGAAAAGGAAGACGAUACCAUUAUCUCAAAUUUUUCAUUUAAAAUUGAAGAUCUAAGACAUAAGGAAAUUAAAAACAACACCAAGUCUUAUAAUUUUGAAACUGAUUAUAAACAAUUUAUUGAAAAUCAUCUAGAACUACAGCAAUAUUUGAAACAAAUUGAAAAGUCAUAUUCAUCUUUUCUUCACGAUGAUAAUUUGAAAUCUUUAAGACAAGAGUUAAUUAAAUCAAUUAAUACCCCAGUUAAUAGUAUAUCUUCAGUUUCUUCAUGGCAUAUGAAAGAUAAAUUUGAUAAACUUGAUGCAUUAUUGAAUUGUAAAACUGUGAAAACUGGUAACUCUACUGUAUCAGCAAAUAGUCAUCCAGAUGCGUUAAUAUUUUGUAAAGAUACAUUGGCUAAAAAAAUCAUUAAUAUAGGAGAACAAGUUGCUAGCGUGAAAACGGAAACAGCUUUCGAAGUUGCAUCAAUUGUUACAGAGCUUUGGAAAAUCCAUCCAGAUUUUGGUAUACUACUAUACUCUAGAUUUAAACAAAAGUGUCCUUGUCUUAUUCCAUAUAAUGCUGCAAAAACAAAUGAAGAAACUGACGAGGAGUACUAUAAAUCUUUAUGUUAUAACUAUACAAAUGGAGUUGUUGAAAAACAGGAUAAGUAUGUUAAAAGAAUGACUGGAAUCAUAAGAUUAUUUGCAGCAAUUAUAGUCACUGAAACUAAAAGUGGUAAAGUAUUGGGUAUUGGACAAGCCUGGAUGCUAAUUGCAGCAACUGUAAAUUUAGUUCCCCAAUUAGAUGUAACAGCAGUUUUUUUACACGAAAUGCUUGUAAUUACUGGUUAUAACCUCAAAAAAGCCUAUGGAAGACAGUUCAUGAAAAUGUUACAAUAUAUAAAUUCUAAUUAUUUGAAAAAAAUUGAUGAAGUUACACCAGUUGGUUGUGGAGGGCCAGUACAGAGAUUAAAAACAUUUAUCUCAAAAGUUAUUGAAGUAGGCUAUAUUGAAAAACCAAAGGGUAUAAUUCCAUAUAAAUUUUGGUGAUAAAAAUAGUAUAUUGAAUUUUUGUCAAUGUUUUUGUAAAAUUAUUGUUAAAAUUAAAUGUUGGAUUUUAACCAAAAUUUGUUCCUAGUAAUGUAAAUCCAUUUUGUUAAAGAAUACUUCGUAAUCAUUGUUUUCUAAUAGUUACUAACUGAAAUAGUAUUAAAUAUACAUUAUGCACAACAAACCAUAUUAACAUAAUGUGUAUAAUAUUUUAGUAUUUUAGAAAAAUUAAUAUUUUCAGUUUUUGAACUUUAGUAAGUGGCAGAUAUCAUAUAGUUGCUAAAACAACAUUUAAAAAUUGAUAAAAUUAUGUCCUAUGUCGGGUUGCACCAAAUAUUUAUACAGGGAUAAACUUGUUUAACUGUAGUUAAAAUAAAAUCUGUUGCAUAGACCAUGUUCUAAAUUUUAUCUGUUGUUAAAAUAUACUUUAUCAGCAGUUAAAUUAGAGGCUGAUUUAUCGCUGUAUAAAAUGUUAUGUAUGGUUAAAAUGUAUUAUUAAUGUUUGUGGCCAUUAUCUAAUGUUGAUAAAUAUAUUAUAAGGUGAAUAAAUAUACAUAAGUUUUCAUUUCGAGGGGCAAUGGCGUAUUUUCAAUUUUUUCUGGGGAGCAUGGGCGCCCGCAGGGGGGGGCCAAAGGGGCCAUUUCCCCUACUGGGAAUUUUUGUUUCAAAACUAUUGUUAAUUUAAUACCACGCAUAUUAAUUAUAACAUAAUUUUAUUGAGAUCCA